AUGUUCUCACGUAUAAACGUUGCUACCGGCUACCCAACGUAUACUUUGGACACACCGUUCGAUUGUACAAAAAUCCCCGUGACAACAAACCAGCACGGUCGCGAGAAAUCAAAUCUUCCUCUGGCAUGUCCC